UCAAAACAAAUAUCACGGUGUCGGGGUAGUUGUAGUUGGCUAUCAAAGUUAAAUUAACACCGUAGCUUCCCUUUUCCUCAAAGAUUUGCAUGGCUUUGAAAAUAAUACCUACAGAAGGUACAACAGCCAGAGAACAGACACCAAACUCUGCAUUGUGAAGGCAGCAAUACAACAGUGAGGCAUCCCUGACCACCUAAAAGUGAUGACCGAUGACACGUGAAACUUUCUCAAGGAGUUGGCUGGGAUGUGUGUGGUGUGCAGUGUGGCACUCGACAGACAACGCAGUGGCAGCUGGAGAAGUUGCUGUGCAGCGCCAUGGCUGCCCAGUGUGACACUUUAAGCGGAUACUUGCAGCAGUCGGACCAGGGCUCCAACAGCGAGCGGAGCACCGACUCUCCUCUCCCCGGAUCAGAGGAGGACCUGAGCGGAUCCCAUCCGCUGCCAGAUCCGGAGUGGACCGAGGAGAGGUUUCGAGUGGACCGUAAGAAGCUGGAAGUCAUGUUAUUAGCUGCUUCUGAGGGAAGAGUUAAUGGCGGGGAGGAUUUCUUUCAGAAGAUCAUGGAUGAGACCCAGACACAGAUAGCAUGGCCGUCCAAACUGAAAAUCGGAGCCAAGUCCAAAAAAGAUCCACACAUCAAGGUAUGCGGGAAGAGGGAGAACGUGAGGGAAGCCAAAGACAGAAUUAUGUCUGUCCUUGACACAAAGAGUAACAGGGUAACUCUGAAGAUGGACGUUUCCCACACAGAGCACUCCCACGUUAUUGGCAAAGGUGGCAACAACAUCAAGAGGGUGAUGGAGGAGACGGGGUGCCACAUCCAUUUCCCAGACUCUAAUAGGAACAACCAAGCAGAGAAAAGCAACCAGGUUUCCAUUGCAGGGCAGCCGGGAGGGGUGGAGGCAGCUCGAGUAAAAAUAAGGGAGCUGCUCCCUCUUGUGCUGUCUUUUGAGCUUCCUGCCAUCAUGCCGUCUGACCCCAGCUCCCCAACCGUGCAGCACAUCUCACAGACCUACAAUCUCGCCAUCUCCUUCAAGCCUCCGACACGUCUCUAUAGGGCCACAGUCAUGGUUCGCGGCUCACAGAACAACGCCAAUGCGGUUAAGAGGGGUACAGCUCUGUUGUUGGAGCACCUGGUUGGUAACCUGGCAAGCACCAUCUCAGUUACUACCCACCUGGACAUUGCACCCCAGCACCACCUCUUUAUGAAGGGCCGCAAUGGCAGCAACAUCAAGCACAUCACCCAGAGAACGGGGGCCCAGAUCCACUUCCCUGACCCAAACAGCCCUCAGAAGAAAUCUACGGUCUACAUUCAGGGCACCACAGAGUCGGUCUGCCUGGCGCGGCAGUAUCUCAUGGGCUGCUUGCCUCUGGUAUUAAUGUUUGACAUUAAGGAGGACAUUGAGGUGGAGGCCCAGUGUAUCACAGCACUAAUGGAACAGCUGGAUGUCUUCAUCAGCAUCAAACCAAAGCCAAAACAGCCCAGCAAGUCUGUGAUAGUCAAGAGCGUGGAAAGGAAUGCAGUGAACAUGUAUGAAGCCCGAAAAUUCCUCCUGGGUCUGGAAAACAACGGGGUGUCGUCAUCCUCUUCCUCUGUGGUGUUGAAUCCUACCACCAACGGCCCAUCCCCAUCCCUCAUCUGCCCCGUUGGCUUGGACAUCCUGGCCUCAGCUGGCCUGGGGCUGCGCAAUCUGGGUUUCCUGGGUGCGACGGCGCCCUACUCCCUCGCCAACUCCGCUGCCCCAAAUGCUGUUCUCAACAGCUUAAACACCUCCAUGAGCCCUCUGCAGACCCCAAGCCCUAGCGCCCCCACACCCUCCCCCUCCCUCUGGCCCAGUUCACUCACCAGCACCCAAGGCUUCUCAUCUCCACUGAUGCUGCACCCCGCCACCCAGGCUACGCUCAGUAGCAUCCUGCUGUCGGGCGUACAGGGUUACACACAGAGUACACCAUCCCCGCCACCUGGCCUUGCCCCCAUAGACAAGCAGCCCAGUGGGGUCCCUGAUUGCACUAAGGGCCCCUGCACUCUCAAUGGUCAUGUGAAGCAUCCUGGUUCUGUAUAUGGGAGGAUACCAACUGCAUCACUUGCAGAAACUGUUUUGAGUCCAGCCCCAUGUGACUCCAUCCAGGAGGCCAGUGGACACAGCUCUUCAGAACCGCUGUCCAGCAAGUCCAGUGCAGAUGAAGGCUCUGACACAUUUGUUGAAGUGGGCAUGCCCAGAAGCCCCUCUCAUUCAGCCAACGGGAGUGAACUGAAACAGAUGCUGGCUUCAUGUAAGACAUCAUCAGGGAAACGGCAGGCUGUGGAGCUCCUGCAGGGCACCAAGAACUCCCAUCUACACUCUGACUGUCUUCUCUCGGACACCGAGUCCAGCUCAUCAGACAGUCCUGUGGCAGAUAAAAGGGCACCGGGUAGCGAGCGGGCAGCUGAGCGGGCAGCUCAACAGAAUGAGAGAGAGAGAAUCAGGCUGGCACCACAGACGUCCUUCGCCAACAUGCAGGCAUUUGACUACGAACAGAAAAAGCUGCUGGCAACCAAAGCUAUGUUAAAGAAGCCUGUGGUGACUGAGGUGAGGACCCCUACCAACACUUGGAGCGGUCUGGGUUUCUCCAAGUCUAUGCCAGCUGAGACCAUCAAGGAGCUGCGGAGAGCCAAUCAUGUGUCAUACAAGCCCAGCAUGAGCACCACUUAUGAGGGCUCCCCGCUGUCCUUGUCUCGAUCCAGCAGUCGGGAAGGCGUGGCGAACGGCAGCGACUCGGAUAACUGGAGAGAAAGAAAUGGCGCCGGUAAUGGCCUGCAGAACCACACUGAGUUCUCCUCCACUGUCAGCAGCCCCAAGAGGAAACAGAACAAAUCUGCUGCAGAGCAUUACCUCAGCAGUAGCAACUACAUGGACUGCAUCCCUUCGCUAACUGGCAGCAACGGCUGCAGCCUGAGCUCAUCUCUGAAAGGCUCAGACCUGCCCGAGCUGUUCAGCAAGCUGGGCCUGGGGAAGUACACAGAUGUCUUCCAGCAACAAGAGAUCGACCUCCAGACAUUCCUGACUCUAACAGACCAGGACUUGAAGGAACUGGGCAUCACUACCUUUGGAGCCCGCAGGAAAAUGCUGCUUGCCAUCUCAGAACUAAACAAGAACAGGAGGAAGCUAUUUGAGCAACCCAUCAGAUCCUCCUUUCUGGAAGGGGGGGCGAGUGGACGCCUCUCACGCCAGUUUCACACAGACAUGGCCAGCGUCAGCGGGCGAUGGUAGGCAUCUCCAUCCCCAGGCCGUCCCAGAACCGCUCAUGAAGACCAACCUCCAGUGUGUCUUUCUGUGCCUUAGAAGCCCAAGUUUAAGAGGUUGUUUACCCCUUUUUCAGCUUGAGCUGAAGUAAGACUAUAUGUUGUUGCCAUAUAGUAUAUACACGUAUAUAUAAGCCAUAGUUUCAAGUUCCAGUUAAUAAAAAGGGAUUUCUCAGACACAUGAGGUUCAGUGUUCACUCCUUCAAGAGCCAUUCGUUCUAUAUGGAGCAUUUAUAUAUGAAGGUUGUUGUUGUUCUGAAGAAGGGUAUUGUCCAGUGUUCACUCUUUGUUUAAAGGAACAGGCAGAGUGAUUAGUACAGUCAUUUUAUACAUUGAUACUACCUGCAUUUGCAUUAUGCUGUUGUAUCAGAAACAUGCACUUUAAUUAUAGAGUUUUGCCUGUGAGAGUGAUUUCUUAGAUUGAAGUAAUAACUAUGCAUUUUUGACUAAAAGCACAGAUGCAUUAUAUAUCAAACCAAAUGUAAGCACUUGGCCAGUGAGAUUAGGGCACCAGCAGAUGAAGUACGUACAGGUCGGCACGCCAAAGUGACGGCUUCAUUAACUUUAACACACACACCAAAGAAAAGUAUCAUUGUGGCCUUUGAACGUUAUCUGCCUUCAGUGUUUUUCCUCUGAGGUCAGUGAUUGUGUCCAUAUCUUUUUCUUCUUGUGUAUUUCUACACAAAACCAAAAAAAAACGAAUCAUAUUUUGUACUCAUUAUGCAUUAUGACUUUAUUUUUAGUUUUUAUUACCAUUUUAGGGGAAUGGGUGGGAUGUUUAAUAGCUAUCAGUUUAUAUUUGUAUUUUUUAUACAGUCAUCAAUGAGUUUCUAUGAUUUUGUAAUUAGAUUAUUACCAUCUUUUACUUAUUUUCUGCCCCUUAAUCUGUGGAGCCGUAAUAUGGCUGUGCCAUUAGACAGCAGCAGACGUCUUCCAAUGUCCAGAGUAUUUUGCAUUAAGUGUGGUUAAGUGCCUCUGUAAUUUUUUUUUUUUGUUUGUUUCUCUGGGAAAAUGUGUAUUUUGCGAUACAGUAAGUAUAAAAGCUAAGACUGGAGAAUAAAAGAGUACAGUGUAGAAGAUGUAUCCGGUAUGUAGAGGACACUUGUGAGAAGUUCUUAAUGUGCACAAAUGUUUAUCUCAGUGUAUCUAAAUAUAACAAAAUAACAGCAGUCCUCAUAGAAUUUCAGAAGGAAGUUGGUCAUUUGUCCAUUUCCUUUUGAUUUGCAAUGGUUCCCUUUAAGGUAAUUUGCUGUUUAUCAUGUUCACUUUUAACCACUUUCCACUUCUUGCAUCUCAUUCAAGCCAUUGUCCAAGUGGUUGUCAAGUUAAUGGCACUAUAUUAAAUAAUGUUCUGACAUGGUUGCUGACGCCAACCAGAGAGAUGUCUUUUUAUUUCCUUUCAAGUCCUAAGGGACCUGCCCCUUCGCUCACCCUGUUUCUUGUCUGCUUUAACUGUUGACUGUUCAGUACAGAUAAAAAAGCCAAAAAAUAAAUUAAAACAUUAAUAAAAAGGGAUUCUUUAUCCUGAGAGGAAACCUGGAGCCAGUUCGCCCCAGCUCAUCAUGGUACUACAUUGAAACUGUUGAGCGCUGAUAGUCUCAGCGCCGCGACUCGUGUUCCUGCCUAGCAGACAUUUGUUUUCAUCCUUUGCCUUGUUCGGAUGCAUUUGCUCGGGGGACAGUAGAGGUUCUUGUCUUAUCAAGUGAAUGUUUAAAAAAUAUUGAUGCAUGUUAAUGCAGAUCUAUUACAGAUAAGUGAAGACAGUAAGUCAAAGUUUACUGCCAGCUUGUUUAGUCUUUGUCCUUGACAGAAUAGUUUCACAAUCAAGUGAUUUUUUUUUUUUUUUUUCCGGGGGGGAUAGUCAUGUUGUUCCCAAAGGGAUUUAUUUGAAGGAGUCUUUGUACUGCACUCAAAUGGUACAUUUAUAAUAAAUGUAAACCACUAGGGAAAUUAUGUAAUAUGUAACUGUUAUAUGACCUUUUCAUCUGAUGCAACCAUUAGUUCUUGUGUGAGAAAGGUACAAUUCUGCGCAGAGUUCCGGGGGAGAAGUUGUAUAUAAACAUUGCCGUUUGGCCAAAGCUCUGUUCACUGUGGCAUCUGUUGAUGCUGUUGGUAUCAUAAGGGUAUUGUAGUGCAGAGGGUUUUAUGGAGACUUGUCAAGCAGGCAGAAAAUGUUCAGACCUUCAAAUUAUAAUAU